UUAGGCCAGAAAAGCUGUAAGCUGAAGGAGAAAUGUUUAGUGGGAGAAGCACUGGCUGCUAAGCAGCAGAAGUCGGAUUCCUGCUGAGUGGGACGCCUGGCCGGGCGCCGGAAAGGGGAUCUCCCAGAAGAGGAAGGGCCAGCUGAGGGCGAGGGCCAUGGACUUCAUCACCUCCACAGCCAUCCUGCCGCUGCUGUUUGGCUGCGUCGGCAUCUUCGGCCUCCUCCGCCUGCUGCAGUGGCUACGAGCCAGGGCUUACCUGCGAGGUGCUGUGGUGGUGAUUACAGGUGCCACCUCGGGGCUGGGGAGAGAGUGUGCCAAAGUGUUCCACGCCUCCGGGGCUAAGCUCGUGCUCUGCGGCCGGAACGUGGAGGCCCUAGAGGAACUCGCCAGAGAGCUCAUUGCCACUCCCGCCACCAAGGUACAGACACACAAGCCUCACACGGUGACCUUCGACCUCGCAGACCCUGGGGCCAUAGCGGCGGCGGCAGCACAGAUGGUGCAGUGCUUCGGCCACGUGGACAUCCUCAUCAACAAUGCCGGCAUCAGCUACCGUGGCGCCAUCCAGGACACGGCCGUGGACGUGGACAGGAAGGUCAUGGAGACAAACUACUUCGGCCCAGUGGCUCUAACGAAAGCACUCCUUCCUGGCAUGAUCCAGAGGCGGCAGGGCCACGUGGUCGUCAUCAGCAGCGUCCAGGGCAGAAUCAGCAUCCCUUUUCGCUCAGCAUAUGCAGCUUCCAAGCAUGCCACCCAGGCAUUCUUUGACUGUUUGCGUGCCGAGGUGCAACAGGACCAGAUUGAGGUGACCGUCAUCAGCCCCGGCUACAUCCACACCAACCUGUCUCUCAACGCCGUCACUGCCAAUGGUUCCAGAUACGGGGCCAUGGACAAGAACACAGCCCAGGGCCGGAGCCCCACCCAGGUGGCCCAGGCCGUGCUGGCGGCCGUGGGCAGGAAGCAAAAGGACGUGGUGCUGGCCGACCUGCAGCCCUCCCUGGCCAUCUACCUGCGCACGCUGGCCCCUGGACUCUUCUUCAGACUCAUGGCCUCCAGGGCCAGGAAGGAGCACAAGGCUAAGGGCUCCUAGCAGCACACAGGAGCGCAGAGGUGGUCCCGGGCCAGGCCCUCUGCCUGCCAGCUCUUGAGGCUGCCUGCCUGCUGUGGCACAGCCCCCCAGCCCUCACUCAGGGACAUCCCUCACAGCCAAGAGUUUGGGCAUGGGCCUGAGAGCGGCUUGCAGUGUCCCAUGUAGUGCCCACAUCAGCACC